AAAAUGGUGGGAAGUGAAGGGGGGAAACGGGGGUGGAGCGGCGGCGAGUUAAAUACUCAGAGAGGAGCGCUGUGGAGAGCCGACGAACGAGAGGGAAGCUGGGAGGAGCAUGGGGCAGGUUCAAUACUAGGGCUUAAUGAAUUUGAGAAAAGGGUGGGCAAGAGCUGCUUCCUAACUAGGCAUCAACUUUAGAGCUAGCACGAUUUUAUAGAGCCAAGUUCAAGACGAUCAGAGCUGCCCUUGGAUUCGGAGCUAGGGCUCCAUCUCUCGAGGCGCCUCAACUCAGGUAUCUUCCUAGCUCAAUCCAAAAACCCUGGACAAAUUCUUGCAGCGCCCCGUGCAUGAGAGGAAUUCGGAUGCUGGCUGCUUACAUGCCACGGGGAUGAGAGACAGGACAGGCAAGCCCCAGAGGAAAGGAUGAAUGUGGGGGUAGCACACAGCGAAGUAAACCCCAACACUCGAGUGAUGAAUAGUCGGGGCAUCUGGCUGGCCUACAUCAUCUUGGUAGGACUGCUGCAUGUGGUUCUACUCAGCAUCCCCUUCUUCAGCAUUCCUGUUGUCUGGACCCUGACCAACGUCAUCCAUAACUUGGCUAUGUAUGUCUUCCUACAUACGGUGAAAGGUACACCCUUUGAGACCCCUGACCAAGGAAAGGCCCGGCUACUGACACACUGGGAACAGAUGGACUACGGGCUCCAAUUUACCUCUUCCCGCAAAUUCCUCAGCAUCUCUCCUAUUAUACUCUACCUCCUAGCCAGCUUCUACACCAAGUAUGAUGCUGCUCACUUCCUCAUCAACACAGCCUCAUUGCUCAGCGUACUGCUGCCUAAGUUGCCCCAAUUCCAUGGGGUUCGUCUCUUUGGCAUCAAUAAAUACUGAGGGAUGGGGCUGGGGACGACAUUGGAACAAAAGGCUACAACAUCCUUCCCUUCUCCAUACUGUCUUCUGUAUCAUGAAAGCCUGGGAACUAUAUAACCUUUCCCAAACUCCCAGGAAGAGAACAGAUUGGGAAAUGGGGCUCAGCUCUGCUAGGAGCAGGCUUCUUUGAAUCAAGGAAGUCAGUGAGGUAAGAGACAAAUCACUCUCCUCCACAACAGGAAGCCAUGUUUCGGCAGCUUGUUUGGUGAUUUAAGUAUUUCUAUAUCUUCCACCCUUACCACCUUCCAGCUCUGUUUUGCUGUGUGUUUUCCUUAUAAUAAAGAGAAUUCUUUUUUUUCA